AUGGAACGGCUGUGGUUCUCUUUGCUGUUGCUGGCAGCAGCAUGCAGGGGACAGCCGUGUCCGAAGCGCUGUAUGUGCCAGAGCCUCUCUCCAUCACUCGCUAUCCUCUGCUCCAAGACAGGCUUGCUAUUUGUUCCUGCUGCCAUUGACCGACGCACCGUGGAGCUACGGCUUCAAGAGAACUUCAUCACAGCUGUCCGAAGAAAGGACUUUGCCAACAUGACCAGCCUGCUACAUCUGACCCUGUCCAGAAACACCAUCAGUCAGAUUCUCCCCUCAGCUUUCAGUGAUCUGCGGCGUCUGAGAGCACUCCACCUAGACUCCAAUAGAUUAACGGUGAUCAAGGAUGACCAUUUCAAAGGCUUGACCAACCUUCGCCACCUGAUCCUGGCCAACAACCAGCUCCACUCCAUAUCUCCCCAUGCCUUUGAUGACUUCCUGUCCACACUGGAGGAUCUAGACCUCAGUUACAACAACCUUGCCCAGGUGCCCUGGGACACGAUCGGGCGCCUAACCAAUGUCAAUACCCUAAAUAUGGAUCAUAACCUCAUAGAAAAUGUUCCGCAAGGGGUAUUCACCAACCUACACAAACUGGCAAGGCUAGACAUGACAUCUAACAAGCUGAAGAAAAUUCCCCCAGACCCGUUGUUCCUGAGAAUCCCAGUUUAUGCGAAGUCCAAAGGCUCACCUCUCUCCUCCCUGGUGUUGAGUUUUGGUGGUAACCCUCUUCACUGUAAUUGUGAACUUCUGUGGUUGAGGAGACUAACCAGAGAAGAUGACCUCGAGACAUGCGCCUCUCCCCCUGACCUCAGUGCCAAGUAUUUCUGGACAAUACCUGAAGAGGAAUUUAUCUGUGACCCACCAGUUCUGACCCGUAAGUCACCUCAUACCGUGGCUAUGGAAGGUCAGCCUGCGAGCCUGAAGUGCAAAGCAAAUGGUGACCCAGAGCCUGAAGUCCACUGGAUCAGCCCUGAAGGCCGACUUAUAUCUAAUGGUUCCAGAACUUUGGUUUUCCCCAAUGGAAGCCUGGAGAUCAAUGUAACAUCCCUGAAGGAUUCAGGAAACUUCACCUGCAUUGCCUCCAAUGCAGCAGGUGAAUCCACAGGAAGGGUGGAGCUAGUUGUUACGGCGAUGCCCCAUCUCGCAAACAGCACAAGCCGCAGCCGAGACCCGUCCUCUGAACCUGCCCCCUCUGAUAUUUUAACCUCCUCUAAGGUUGCACUGCCUAACAACGAGACAAGGGGGGCAGACCGGAAGGUCUCGUUGGUGGAACUGACAGGAAACUCUGCCCUCAUUAGAUGGAGCAGUCAGGCUCCUAUAUCUGGAGUCAGGAUGUUCCAGGUCCAGUACAACAGUUCCGGGGAUGACACACUGGUUUACAGGAUGAUUCCAUCCAGCAGCAACGACUUCCUGGUUCGGGACCUCGCUGCCGGGCGCAGCUACGAUCUUUGUGUGCUGGCCGUGUUUGAUGAUGUCAUCACAUCACUGACUGCAACACGUCCUUUGGGCUGCCUGUCAUUCACCACAGACACAGAGUUCAGCCAGUGUCAAGCACUGCACAGCCACUUCCUGGGUGGUACUAUGAUCAUCAUCAUUGGAGGGAUUAUUGUUGCUUCUGUGCUGGUUUUUAUCAUCAUCUUAAUGAUACGAUACAAGGUUUACAGCCAACAGGGGGCAGGCCACGGAAAAGCAGCCAUUGCGGCAACUGCGCCAAGGCCACAGAGCAAUGGACAAGGAGGAGGCGGACAGGUCCAAGUCCUCUCUCGCUCUGCCUCAAAAAUGACUGACAGUCAAGACGACCAAGUGCUAGCACCAUCCCGGGCAAUGUCGCCUAGCAACACCCUGAGAGACACUGUGGCACUGGUUGAGGAGGAGAGCAGUGGACGGAGCAUAAUGACAAGGACGGACUCCCUGGCCAAUGAGGAGAUGCUCUCGCCCACCAAGGCCCGCUUCUCCUCCAGGGUUGCCAUUGAGAUGAAAAGCAGACCACCAUCUGUCGCCAAGGAGCUCACCUCUCCCAAGGAACUGGCAGCAGCAGACGACAGGCGGCCUCGUAGUGUCGAAUGGAGAGACUUUAAGAUCUGA